AUGAAAGUUUGAGAAAACAUGAGAAGAAGGGGAAUAAAGAGCCUGUGCUGUGCCAAAUGUUUGUAAAAGUAUAUUUUGAAAACCAGUUGGCGAAUGAACAUUAUCCACCGCUUGGUCCACGAGCAAUGGUGCGGAGAAGUGCGGCUGCGCGAGAUGUGCACGCGCUCCUAAGCGGCUCGCGGCUAUUCCAUCAGUAGCGGCAGCAGCGGACCGUGGCGAAGGUGGACGGAAAUACCUAUGUAUCUUAUUUUUGUUUGAGUAAAGAUGGUGCCGUUUGAUAGAAUACGACUUUUUGUAAAACGUAACCUAAUAGUUUUUUCCUCCACCUAUUUGGUGGAGACAUAGAUUAAGGUCCAAUUGAAACCGAGUUGGGCCGGAGCUCCCGGUUGUUCUUGGGAGUUUGAGGAACAAGGAACGAUUCUCAAUUUCGCCCUGACAUACUGACAGGCAGCCGACGAUUGGAAAUACGACGUCAGCUUGUCUUUUUUCUUUGUUUUCGAAGCGUCUAUUCUGAGAAACGCAAAGGAGACGCUUAUAAAGAUUAUUAGAAGCUCGCUCGAGAUUUUAAAAAUUGUUUUACAACAAGAGAAAUAUACCGUUAGACCCUGGUGCUAUUACAGCCACACAAGUAACGCAUCCUAAGUAGCUAGCUAGCAAUGUAACUUUUUGUUCAAAGAUGACUAACGAGUUCUGAGUUCACAGUAUUUGUGUGCUUAACGCCAAAUACAUGUUAAACUAUCGUACUGCGAUCUGAUGCUUUUGGGAGCGUGUUAGCUGAGGGGUGAUACUAUAGGCUGUCAGCACAGAAACCAGGGACCCCAGAUACGGCUGAUCUAAGGACGGCAAAGAAACGCUGAAAAUGUCGUUUUUCAAUUUUCGUAAAAUAUUUAAACUCGGGAUGGAGAAGAAGAAGAAACAGUACGAGCAUGUCCACAGAGACCUGAAUCCAGAGGAAGUGUGGGAGAUCAUUGGCGAACUGGGGGACGGCGCAUUUGGAAAAGUCUACAGGGCUCAGAACAAGCACACUGGUGUUUUGGCUGCUGCUAAGGUGAUUGACACCAAGAGUGAGGAAGAGCUGGAGGAUUACAUGGUGGAGAUUGACAUUUUAGCAUCAUGUGAUCAUCACAAUAUCGUGAAACUCUUGGAUGCCUUCUAUUAUGAGAACAAACUCUGGAUUCUGAUUGAGUUCUGUGCUGGGGGAGCUGUAGAUGCUGUGAUGUUAGAACUGGAAAGGCCCUUAACUGAACCACAGAUUCGAGUCGUGUGUAAACAGACCCUCGAAGCCCUCCUUUAUCUCCACGACAAUAAAGUCAUUCAUAGGGAUCUGAAGGCUGGAAACAUCCUCCUCACCCUAGACGGAGAUGUCAAAUUAGCUGAUUUUGGUGUGUCUGCCAAAAAUACAAAAACACUACAGAGAAGAGAUUCUUUCAUCGGGACGCCAUACUGGAUGGCUCCGGAAGUAGUGAUGUGUGAGACCUCUAAGGACCGACCGUAUGACUACAAAGCUGACAUCUGGUCCCUCGGUGUCACUUUAAUUGAGCUGGCUCAGAUUGAACCACCGAACCACGAGAUGAAUCCAAUGAGAGUUCUCCUGAAAAUAGCUAAGUCAGAUCCACCUACUCUGAUGCAUCCAUCACGAUGGUCUCCUGAGUUCAGAGAUUUUCUUAAAAAAGCACUGGAUAAGAACGUGGACAACAGAUGGAACGCUAUGCAACUUCUGCAGCAUCCGUUUGUCAAAAAUAUCAAUGACAGCAGACCACUUCGAGAGCUAAUUGCAGAGGCAAAAGCAGAAGUCACUGAGGAGAUUGAAGAAGGUAAAGAUGAAGAGGAGGAGGAAGAAUCAGAGUCACAAUUGUUGGUGCCUGGACACAAGCGAGCGCCAUCAGAUGCUAGCGUUGUCAGUUCUGAAGAUGAAAAACUUUCACAAUCUGUGUCAAUUAUGGAGUCCGUCUCAGAGAAAGAUAAGUCUGAACACGGAGAGGAUAAAGCUAGUGACAAACUUUCCGAUGGGGGUACUGGCAGCAGUGAAACAGACAAAAUGGAAAAUGAAAAACUGAAUGAGAACAGCAUUCUGGACACCAGCAAUGAGGACAUUGACAACAAAGGUGAUAUUCUGGCUGAGCCAGAGGAAGAAAUGUCUGAUGAGAAAAUCACAGAGGAGAGUCCAGAUCUGCCUAUCUGUCCAAAUGAAGUUGACAAAAGAACAGAAGAGCCAGAGCAGACAAAAAAAGAACCACCACCAGAGGAGGAGAAAGAGUCGGACACAACAGAGAUUUCAGAGGUCCAAGCAGAAGCUGACAAAGAAGAUGAUUCUACAGUGAUGGAUGAAGAAGGUUUGCCACCAGUCGAGGCUGAGAAACCUGAUGAGAUACUCAACAGUGCGGAAUUGGCAGAAAAAUCUGAUGAAAGUUCAGAAGAAAUUAAAACCAUGGUAGAGGAGAAGGAGGAUGCAGAGGUGUCUCCUGAGAAGGACAUUAAUGAGAAGGACAUUAAUGAGAAGGACAUUAAUGAGAAGGAAGGAGAGAUUUUGCAAAGAGAUGAAGACAUAACUACCAGUGAGACCCAACAGGAGCUUUCCGAAGAGAACAGACAAGUAGAUGAUGGUUCUCCACUUUCUACUGAAGAAUCCUCAUUGGUCAGUGCUGUUCCUGGGACUCAGAAUGACGUUGCAGAGGAGAAGCCAUCCCCUGCACAGCUUCUAGAGGAAAAUAAACAGGAAGAAUGCUUGAAGGUGAACAUAGCUGGCAGUGAUGCUGACGUUGACCUUGAGAAGGAAACGGCUCCGCCGAUUAAGCUUGAUGCUGAAAAGGUCAAAGAGAAGGACACUGACUCUGGAAGCAACUCUACAGCUGACAACAGCAGCAUCGACCUGAACCUUUCCCUCUCCAGCUUCCUGACUAAGAACAAAGAGUCAGGCUCCGUAUCCAUUCAGGAUACGAGGCGACAAAAGAAGACGCUAAAGAAAACUCGGAAAUUUAUAGUCGAUGGAGUUGAAGUCAAAGUCACAACAUCAAAAAUUGUUACUGACAAUGACACCAAAAAUGAAGAAAUGAGAUUCCUCAGGCGUCAGGAGCUACGUGAGCUGCGACUGCUGCAGAAAGAGGAGCAGAGGGCCCAGCAGCAGCUGAGCAACAAGCUGCAGCAGCAACGGGAGCAAAUCUAUCGUCGUUUUGAGCAGGAGAUGAUGAGCAAAAAGCGGCAAUAUGACCAGGAGAUUGAGAACAUGGAGAGGCAGCAGAAGCAGACCAUCGAGCGACUGGAGCAAGACCACACAAGUCACCUUAGGGAGGAGGCCAAGCGCAUAAAGGCCGAUCAGGACAAAGAGCUGUCCAAGUUUCAAAACAUGCUGAAGAACCGGAGGAAAGAGGUUGAGUUUGGUGGAGUGCCAAAAGCUGAGUGGUUUGUUGGAGUGGCCCAAGUUAUGAUACAGUCUUUUCAGUUGUCCUCAUGUACGCUCUUCAACGCUCAGAUGCAGGACGAGCAGGAGUUCCUGCAGAGGCAGCAGCAGGAGCUUGACUGCGCCCUGAAGAAGAUCAUUCAUCAGCACAAGAAUGAGCUGGCCGCCAUUGAGAAGGAGUGUCUGAACCACAAACAGCAGCUCAUGAGAGCCCGGGAGGCUGCCAUGUGGGAACUGGAAGAGCGCCACCUGCAGGAGAAGCACCAGCUUCUUAAGCAGCAGCUGAAAGAUCAGUAUUUCAUGCAGAGACAUCAGCUGCUCAAAAGGCAUGAAAAGGAGAUGGAACAGAUGCAGAGGUACAAUCAGAGGCUGAUUGAGGAAAUGAAGAACAGGCAAACACAGGAAAGGGCUAGACUGCCCAAGAUUCAGCGCAGUGAUGCCAAGACACGCAUGGCCAUGUUCAAGAAGAGCCUACGCAUUACAUCUGCUGGAGACACCCCUGAGCAGGAGAGGGAGAAGAUCAAGCAGUUUGCCGCCCAGGAGGAUAAACGUCAGAAGAGCGAGAGGCUCCAUCAGCACCAGAAACAUGAGAACCAGAUGAGAGACCUGCAGCUGCAGUGUGACGCCAACGUGCGGGAGCUGCAGCAGCUUCAGAAUGAGAAAUGUCAUCUUCUGAUUGAGCACGAGACCCAAAAAUUGAAGGAACUUGAUGAAGAACACAGCCAGGAGCUGAAGGAGUGGAGAGAGAAACUCCGUCCCAGAAAGAAGGCUCUUGAGGAGGAAUUUGCCCGGAGGGUACAGGAACAGGAGAUGUUUUUCAAGAUGAGCGGGGAGUCCGAAUGCCUUAACCCAACAGCCCAAAGCCGAAUUUCUAAGUUCUACCCCAUCCCAAGCGUGCACUCUACUGGAUUCUAACCCUUUUGUUUCUUUGCCCCUCACUAGCCUGACAUGGCUUUGCUGAAUCAUCAUCCUCCUCUGCUACUCAGAUCCACUAACGACAAUCAGUGUAAAUUCUGCAACACUUUAAAUGCUUAUCGCUCCUCACAGAUGCUGGAACUGGAUUAAACGGUCCAAAGACACCAAAUACAGUUUACGAAGUAUGGUAUUAAUGAAGUGAAUAUUUAAUUUUCCUUUUAAAAAUCAACCCUUUAUUUAGCUGCUAGCUUUAAUUUUGCAAGAAAAAUCCACAUUAAUGUUAUGGAGUUUUUAAUCAUCUGUCAGAUAUUUUCUGAAAAGUAUUCAAUUAACAUUUUUUGUUUAAAAUUUUCCAGUAUAGCACAGGCUUUUUUUCCUGUUGUUUUUCAUGUGAUUUAAAAAACAUGGUGCCUAAAUUAAUAUUUUGGCCUUUCUUGUUCUGAGAUUUUUUAUUUUUUUUUUGCUGCACUAAAAGAAGCUACAGAUCUGUAUAAUUCUGCACAAUUCAAGUUUUAACUUGCCGCAGAAACCCAGAAAACAAAUCUUCCUAAUAUAAGAAUACAAACUUUUGAUUUGAUUGAUGUGGCGGUUGCUUGAAUUAGACUAUAAAAUAUUUUACAGUGAGUCACAAUGCACUUUGAAAGGCAUGUAUUUAAUGUGCAACCGAAAUAUUUCACUACAUCAAUGGAUAAAGGUAAAGCAAGACUGAAAAGUGCUAUUUGCAUGACUGGAUAUAUACUUUUAGGUACCUUAAUUGGGUAUUUGUAUGUCGUUGGUAUAUCUUUUGAAGUUGCACAUAAUGGUUUCUUAAUUGUGUGCGUGCGUGUGCACGUUCGUGUGUGCAUUCAUACAUUCGUGCGUGCGUGCGUGUUGUUUUUAUGAGCGAAAGCAGCAAUUUUCUAUUAUCUUUAGCUAAAAGUCCCAACUGAAUGACUUUGUCAUAGUUAAUGAGAAACUUUUUUUUUCCCGUUAUGUAUUAUAUUGAUCUUAAGAGAAUGAGUUGCAAGGGCAAACGGUUUAUCGCAUACAUUUUAGUAAGGUAUAGUAAGAUAAGGUUCUAUGGUGUAGCUGAAGUGAGAAUAAGCUGAGAUUAUUUUUGAUGUGUGUCUUGAACUGGGACGGCCACCCAACAUGUUUUUCAGAAUUAUUUUGGGCCACCAAUAUGUAUCAUUAAGAUACUGUUCCCCCAGUUCUAUUUUGCUAUGGUUAAACAAAAUGAAGUUACUGAAGUAAUGCAGAGUUAUUUACUUGCUAUUUUACUAUAAUUAGGGGAUAGCCUUAAUUUUUUUUUCAUUGAAAGAUGUAUAGAAGUCCCUCUAAAGUGUAAAUGUCAAUACAUCAAUGUUCAUUGUUUUUUAUAUAUAUAAUUUUAAGAUUUAAUUUGAAUAGAUGUCCAUCUUAUUUAUGAUAUUUUCCAUGGACCAUAGAGUGUCCAUUUUAUUUAGAUGCUAAUCUAUGACUUAUGUUUGAGGUGCAUUGAAUGCUGGAUACAUUGUUUUCGUUUUUUCUUUAUGGCUAUGCAUUAUUACAAGUGGUAAUCUGAGUCAUAAUCUCCAUUGAUGUUCCAAUAUAUAAACAGUAACUAUUUUUUAAUUUAACUUCUGAAGUGAUCCUGUAGACAAAAAUAUCAAGGGUUCAUUGAAGUAUUGUUAUAGAUGAGAAUAAUUCCAUAUUUAGUUUCUCUUCUUGUGAAAACGUAAACGAUUUCUGGCAGUAACAAUCUGUUAGUGCAUGUUUUGUUUUGGUCUGUAAAAGUUGUUCCCAGUCAUAUUCCUGGAGACUUGAUGGAUAUUCUGGAUCUAUUAUUUGCUGCAUUUUUUUAACUUUUCAUUUAGCUGUUACUUGAAUUCUGCUUAAUGUUCAGUAUCUUUUUCUAAGAUAUUUGUUUGUACUGAAUAAAAGAGUAAAAAAGUUGUUUUUUGUUUGUUUUUGCACUUAAAUAGACAUAGUUUACAUAUUUUUGAACAUUUCAUUGAUUUAAUCCCUUUUUAAAUGAGUUUGCAUUUAUGAUGAAAGCUGAUUUACAAUAAACAAUGUAGAAAGCGGAUCGAAUUAGGUUUGGUAUCUGUACUCUAUCCAUCAGUGUGCAAGGGGUGGACAAAAUACAGAAAACAGAAGUGCUUAACAAUGUUUUAACAGAGGAAUUAAGAAGCGAGGUCACCCUUGGCCGACAGUGUCAAUCCUUUUUAAUUCUGUCAAGCUGAAGUCCUGUACUGUGUAGUAGAAAUAAAAGUCCCUUUAAAGUAGUUUUAUUUUUCAUAUGUUGACAUCUAAGUUAGUCUUUUUUUCUAUUAUUUUGUCCGUCCCUUGUAUGCUAUAACUGUCAGAAUGAAAUAAAAUGGAACAAAAACCAAGGAUAUUAUGAGUCCUAAGGCUUGCCACUAUGAAAUAAAUAAAUCUGCUUCCGUCACA